UCUUCAUCUUCAAACCAACAAAACUCCCUCCAUUCUCCCUGAAAUGGCCUCACCAAACCCCUCAAAACCCGACGGACCAACCUUCACAUGGCACCGCAUUCCGGGCCUCGACUCUUCACCUUGUGCACCCACUAGUGCGUGCAAUUCAGGAGCCAAGCUGCAGCUUUCUAGUGCAGGUUUUGCCUGUGUUUCACUGGUGGAAAAGAGGGAGGACAGAGAGUUUGCGCCAAGCAUGGCGCAGCUGUUGAAGUAUCCGUUGGCCAUGUUCGCGUUGGUUCCAAGAGAGGCCGCUCUGUUUGCGGCUGGUGCAGUGGCUGGAGCUGCUGCUAAGUCUUGUACUGCGCCCCUAGACCGUGUCAAGCUGCUUAUGCAGACUCAUGGUCUGAGAGCAGGCGGGGAGGGUGCUAGAAACUCAUUUGGAUUCUUAGAGGCGCUUGCAGUAAUUGGGAAGGAAGAUGGACUAAGAGGGUACUGGAAAGGAAACCUUCCUCAGGUGAUACGUGUCAUACCUUAUAGUGCAGUACAAUUGUUUGCUUACGAAACCUACAAGAAACUGUUCGAAGGAGAGGAUGGUGAGCUCUCUGUUAUAGGAAGACUUGCAGCAGGCGCAUGUGCAGGCAUGACCUCAACUUUCGUUACGUAUCCCCUAGAUGUGCUGAGGUUACGGUUAGCUGUUGAACCAGGGCGCAGAACAAUGUCAGAGGUUACCCUAAACAUGCUGAGAGACGAGGGACUAGCAGCGUUUUACAAGGGGCUUGGGCCUUCUCUUAUUGGCAUAGCCCCUUACAUUGCUGUGAACUUUUGUGUUUUUGACUUGGUGAAAAAAUCAUUGCCAGAGAAAUAUCAAAAGAAGACUGAAGCGUCACUAGUUACUGCUUUGGUGUCAGCUACCAUUGCCACACUGAUGUGUUACCCCUUGGACACAGUGCGACGACAAAUGCAACUGAAGAAUGCACCUUACAAGACAUUUUUUGAUGCAUUUCCAGGUAUUGUGGAACGAGAUGGUUUGGCUGGAUUAUACAGGGGCUUUCUCCCGAAUGCACUGAAAACAUUACCCAACAGCAGCAUUAGGCUUACAACCUUUGACACUGUUAAACGCUUGAUUGCAACGGGCGAAAAGGAGUUGCAAAGAAUUGUGGAGGACAAUCAGAAGAAGCAAAAGCAGAGUGCUACUGAUUACACAGUGUAGAUUAUUUUUGUUAAACCAUUCAAUAUAUAGAACUCAUUUUUUGUGGGCAUUGCUUGUCCAGCCAUAAGCACUUGUAGGAUAUGUGCUCUGAGCUU